GCCCAAGAGAGGAAUAUUUCUGAACUAGGAAGGAGGCAGUUGACGUUACUCUCCACUGGACUUACUUUUACGAAAAUGGCCGUUUUCUUUGUUCUUUUGAGUUUUUGCGCUAAGGCGCUUAUAAUUCUCCUUGUCGCAGCUUUUCUCUGUUACUGUUUGUAUGUAAAGUACAUCCAUAUGAAAUAUGACCACAUACCCGGACCACCGAGAGACAGUUUCUUACUGGGACACGCAGCGACGUUUUUGAGUGCAAUGAAAACAGACGAAGUCAUUCACGACAAAUUUCUAGAGUGGGCCGAGACUUACGGACCUGUUUUCAAGAUAAACGUUCUGCAUUACGUUAGUGUGUGUGUUUCCUGUCCAGAGGCGACGAAGGAAAUCUUGAUGUCCCCAAAGUACCCCAAGGAUAAGCUGGUCUAUAAGAAACUCUUUAACCUGUUUGGUCAAAGAUUCCUUGGCAACGGCCUUGUAACAGCACAGGAUCAUGAGCUGUGGUACAAGCAGCGGCGGAUCAUGGACCCAGCAUUCAGCAGCUUGUAUCUCAGAGGUCUAAUGGGGACCUUUAAUGAGAGAGCAGAUAAACUGAUGGAUAAACUCGGAGACAUUGCUGAUAAUAAUGUUGAGGCAAACAUGCUGCAUCUUUUUAACUGUGUUACGAUGGAUGUUAUUGCCAAGGUUGCUUUUGGUGUGGAUUUAGACCUCCUGACUAAUAGCUCACCUUUCCCUAAAGCGAUCGAGAUGUGUCUGAAAGGGAUGGUUUACUAUAUUAGAGACAUUUUAUUUGAGUUCAAACCAAAGAACAGACCUUUCAUUAAUGAAGUAAAGGAAGCAUGCACCCUGCUGCGUACAACUGGAGCUCAGUGGAUCCAGAAAAGAAAGAUGGCCAUACAGAAUGGUGAAGAUGUCCCCAAAGACAUCCUCACAAUGAUCAUCAAAACUGCUGCUGCAGAGGAAAACAUGACUGAAGAAGAUGAGGAGUUCAUGUUGGACAAUUUUGUCACUUUCUUCAUUGCGGGGCAAGAAACAACAGCCAAUCAGCUAGCUUUCUGUGUCAUGGAGUUUGGAAGACAUCCUGAAAUCCUGGAGAAAGCGAAGAAAGAGGUGGAUGAUGUCAUUGGGAUGAAACAGGACAUAAGCUACGAUGACCUCGGCAAACUGAUUUACCUCUCACAGGUACUAAAAGAGACUCUGAGGAUAUACCCGACAGCUCCAGGGACGUCCCGUGAUAUCAUGGAAGACAUAGUCAUUGAUGGUAUCCGCAUACCUGGGGGAGUUACCUCUAUUUUCAGCUCUUAUGUGAGUGGGAGGAUGGAAAAAUUCUUCAAGGACCCACUUACAUUUGAUCCAGACAGAUUUCACCCAGAUGCUCCCAAGCCUUAUUACUGCUACUAUCCCUUUGCCCUCGGUCCACGCUCAUGCCUGGGACAGAACUUUGCUCAGAUGGAGGCUAAAGUGGUGAUGGCCAAGCUGCUCCAGAGGUUCAAUGUCACCCUUGUCCCUGGAGAGACCUUUGACAUCCUGGACACUGGGACACUGAGGCCAAAGAGUGGAGUUAUUUGCACUGUCAAACACAGGAAUUACAAAAACUAAGAGGUUUUAAAACACCAUAACAUAUAAAACAUGAAAUCAUAUUGCUUCAUAAACUAGCUGAUUUUAUUCCUGCCUUAAGUACUAAUGUUGCUAAACUCCUUUUUAUACACUUUACUUAAACUUGAGAAUAGUAAUCUUUUCAUUUUUCAUCAGCUUUGAACUAAUAUAUAACUAAUAAAUAUCUUUUUGUUAUGCAUAUUAAAAUAAACUGUAACUAAAUAUGAGAUUUGACAACUUUCUAUUGUACAUGGUCUACACAUAAAGGUAAUGUAAAAAUAAAUUACACAAUACUAUUUCAAAAUAAAUGUGUUUUAGUUUAUCAAUUGAUUAUGUAAUAUGUGGCAUCUUAGCCAUAUUUUAAUACAGUUGUCAUAAUUUUACAUGAAUGUAUUUCCAUUUUUUUCUGUGAAUGUGGAACCCUGAAUGUGUCGUACUGCUGCUUUGAAAUGCUUGAGUCUGUAAGCUU